AUGAGCUCUUCCCCCCUCUUCUCUGAGGAUGGGAGAGCUAUAAGUUUGCAAACAGCCCGAGAGCUGUUUCCAUUAGACCUGAACAUCAGAAACCACAAAGGCUCCCGUUGCGUUUUGAUUUUCAAGGGGAAAAGUCUCUGCAAGGGGAGAGAGAACAUAGGGACGCUUUUGUUAUCUUUUGAAAUCGGAAGAUCAGAGGGGAAACCUGGGUUUGAAGUGUGGAUUAGGGGUCCCGCAAAUCUCGCUUCUUGGCUCAACCCAUCCUGCCUCGCUAUAAAAGAACAUUGCAGUGUCGCCUGGAAACCUAGUCCUGGAUCCCAGAGUCACUGGCCUGCACCGAGGCCCAUCAACUCCGCUGAAAAAGACAGACCGCACGGGAACGGGCCCAGUCCAGAUGUGACGGCUUGGAUUACCCCGGCCCGGCUUAAUGCCCACCAUUGGACACUGGGCAUCUGGGGGCCCGCACUUGGUUUUCUAACAAUGGAGAACAGUAAAUCUGAUGGAUUACUGAACAAGACAGUCUAUCCUGGCUGCGUUCCCACGGGCAUCCCAAUGAAUCCUUCGCAAUUAUCUUGGAGCGAGCCCUUAAGUGCCUUCUUCCAGUUGGAUUCUGCUUACUGGGGACCACCCUGCAGUGGUCCCCCAGGGAGAUAUUCUUACUUACCUCUCUCUAGGCAACUGGAAACAUACGACUGUGCCUUUGAACCUGCCUUCAUCCGAAAGCGGAAUGAGAGAGAGAGACAGAGGGUGCGUUGUGUGAACGAAGGGUACGCCCGACUCCGUGGACAUCUUCCCCGGGAACUCGCAGACAAACGCCUCAGCAAAGCGGAGACUCUCCGCGCUGCGAUCGGCUACAUCAAACACCUUCAGAGUUUGCUGGACUGUCAGCCUCCAGGAAUGCCCAGUAAGUCCAAGGAGAGCCGAGCCAUUUCCAAACCUCUCCCAAGACCGGAAUGCAACAGUGACGGAGAAUCCAAAACAUCCUCAGCCUCCUCUCCGUUCAGUGAGGCUGAAGAGGCUUGCAGCUAGGAAUUGUCUUGGGGAACAAACUUACUCUCCAGAUCUGUUUCAAACAUUA